AUGGCGACAUCAACGACCACCGCAGUUGAGCUCGUUGAGCUUCCUUUACAGACUAAUGCAUCUGGGCAUAACCGGUUUCAUAAUAAUGCAACCAUUGACGAGUCUCAAACUUCGUCAUCUGACGAUGUCUUGGAGGCUUCUCGCCUAGCAGAUUCGGUCGUGCCAGAUGGAGGCUAUGGCUGGGUUGUCGUCGGUGCUUGUGCUGUCAUCUCGUGGUGGUUUGUAGGAAUGGGCUAUAGCUGGGGAGUGAUCCAAGGAGCUCUUGUUGAAAAGGGACUUUCAACUCCCGCAACCCUGUCUUACGUCGGCUCAUUAGCCAUUGCGCUCAUCUCCUGCAUGGCAAUUCUCAAUGCGCGUAUAAUCCGAGCCAUUGGGGCGCAGCGAACAGCCGUGCUAGGCAUCUUUCUCCUCGGAAUGUCUGAGAUAAUAAGCAGCUUCGCAGUCUCCAGCCUUGCAGGAUUGUUCAUCACCUCUGGCGUCACGCUAGGCCUUGGUAUGAGCCUCUGUUUCAUGGCCGUAUCCGCUACUCCGGCGCAAUAUUUCAGCAAGAAGAGAGGGUUAGCAAACGGCAUCGUAUUCGCUGGUGGAGGCUUUGGUGGAGCAACUACGAGCUUUCUCCUAGAUGCAGUAAUUCAGCGGCAUGGAAUUCCAUGGGCGUAUCGAGUUCUUGGAUUGGUGACGCUGGCCACUGGUCUCCCUGCGGCAUGGCUGGUGAAAGAAAGGUCGCCAGUGAAGACUGCAGGUUUCAUCGAAUGGCGCCUUUUCCGUGAUCUUUCCUUUGUAAUCAUAUUCACUGCUGGUGCGAUUGCAACUUUCCCUCUCUUGGUCCCUGCAUUCUUUAUUCCACUUUAUAGCAGAUCAGUCGGUCUGUCUGCAUCUACCGGCGCUGGUCUCUUGGCAGGCUUUAAUCUGUCGUCCGCUGCGGGGAGAAUACUUUGCGGCUUCUUUUGUGACAAAUUUGGGGCGCUCAACGUAUUAUUAUUCUCCUUGUUGAUCAAUGCCGUCACCAUGUUAGCGCUGUGGCCUGCAUCUACUACUCUGGCUCCCUUGAUCGUGUUUGUUGUUAUCAACGGCGCGGCGAACGGAGGCUUCUUUUCCACCAUGCCUACGGUGGUUGGUAAUGUCUUUGGGUCUCAGAGAGUGUCUGUGGCCAUGGCCAUGAUCGUUACAGGCUGGGGCGGUGGAUAUCUCAUGGGUUCUCCAAUUGCUGGAUACCUUCUCGAUGCCUACGGAGGAACGGGAAGCGGAUUCCAGGCGUAUAGACCCGCCAUCACAUACGCAGGAUGCAUGGGACUAGGGGCUACAGCUCUCGUGGCGUUUGCCAGAUUCCGAAAGAAUCGCGCUUUUCUCGCCAAAGUUUAG